UGGGGCCAUGGUGGCCGCUGCCCCCGCUGCAGCCGCGGCCAUGAGGAAGAGCUUCCUGGUGCCUGAGAUCAAGCCCUUGGAUCAGUAUGAUUUCCCUCGGGCGCGCAGCGCUGCCAGCCUGGCCUGGGUGCUCGCCAAGGGCUACGGGGGUGCAGAGCACGUUCCUGCUGAGCUGCGUGAGCCCUUCUAUACGGACCAGUAUGAACAGGAGCACAUGAAGCCCCCCCUCAUCCGCCUGCUGCUCUCCUCGGACAUCUACUGCCGUGCCUGGCGCCAGGCCCUGCCCCCAGGCCCUGAUGGCACCCCGUCCCCCAAGGAGAAUGCGGCCUUGCUGCAGCUGCUGACCCACCGUGGCUUGGUGCCCACCUUCCAAGAGAAGCCUGUCAAGGAGGCUGACCUGCACCACAAACCAAUCCGGCUGGGUGCCCACUUGGCACUGAUUGACUCUCUGAUGACAGCAUUUGCAUUGGAAGCCACCAGCUCAUUGAAUGCUGCACCGGGUACUGAUCCAGCUGCCAUCUCCUGGGACCAGAAGCUUCUGCACUGGAUUGACAUGAUCAUCCACAAGAUUCAGCAAAGCACGGAGCAGGAAUGUUCUCAGCGGACGGCUCCUGGUUCCGAUGGCCAGACCCCGGCCUCCAACAGUGGUCCCAAGCAUGCCAUCGCUUUUUGUUUGAAGGAGUCGGGGAAUAAGCCUCCUGUGAUCCGCUACCGGAAGGACAAGGCCCUGCCCAAACAGACGCCCUGCUUCCCUGCCAUCACCGGCUUGAAGGAUCUCGCCAGCGGGGGCGCCAUUGCUGCCACCAUCCACUACUACUGCCCCCAGAUUGUACGCCUUGAGGAUGUGUGCCUGAAGGAGACGAUGUCCGUGGCGGACAGCCUGUACAACCUGCAGCUUAUCCAGGGCUUCUCUUCGGACUACUUGGCUGGCUCCUGCUUCCUCUCGCUGGAGGACCUGCUCUACAUGCCACCUGCUCUGAGGAUCAAUGUUGGCGUGUUCCUGGCUGAGUUGUUCCGGUGCUUUGAGGUGCUUAAGCCAGACUUUGUGCGCCCAAAGGAGCUGCCCGGACUUCAAGAUUCCCCUGGGCUGAACGACUCUUUGACGCCCAACAGUGGGAACAACAACAGCAGCUCCCCAGUGUUCAGCUUUCGCCACCCACUGCUGCCUGGAGGGCAGGCGCAAUCCCCGCUCUGCGGUUCCUUAGGGUCCCUGCAUCAUUCCACCUCCAUGUCCCAUGUAGAAGGCUUUGGUAAAGCAUGGAGCAAGAAGCAGCUCAGCCACCCGCUCUCCCAGGCAGUCUCCUUCAGCAUCCCCUUUGGCCUGGACAGCGAUGUGGACAUUGUGAUGGGCAACCCGGUGGGCAUCCUCCGCUCCGUCAGUUCUGACAGCCUGGCCCCUGCCCUGUAUUCUUCCCUGCCUCGCUCCCCCCGCCCACGGCCUGGAGACUUGGCCGAGGCCCCCAACGGGUUGGUGACGCCGCCGUCACUCCACGGGGCUGGGCCCAAGAGCCAGGAGGGGCUGCUGGCCUUGGAGAACGGGCUGAGCGACGGCUACUCCGACCUGCCCACCAUCGAGGAAGCCCUGCAGAUCAUCCACAGCAGCGAACGGCUGCUCCCCGAGGGCGCACCAGACGGCUUUUACCUGCACUCGCCUGAACCCCCCAAAGUUUCCUCCGUGCCGGAAAAGCUGCCCGCACCCACGGUCUAUCACUGCCACAAUGGUCCUCCCAAUGGUGCGGAGCCCACCCAGGACGGCAGCCUGGACUCCGAUGCGGAGGAGCCCUUGCGGCUCACGGGCCCCCCGGAUGACUCCACCUCGUGCGUGAGCUCCCUGAGCUCGCAGCCCGACAGCACGGCUUCCUCGGCCUCUGGCGUGCGCAUGACCAGCUUUGCCGAGCGCAAGAAGAAGCUGGCGGCCGCAGACAGCAAGUCCAGUGGCAUCAGCUCGGAGGGCUCGGAGGCGGGGCCUGUGCCACCCGACGAAAGCCCUGCCCAAAGCCCCGCCCUCAGUUCGGAGAUGAGCCAGCUGGGGGCACGGCUGGAGGAGAAGCGCCGCGCCAUCGAGGCUCAGAAGAAGCGCAUAGAGGCCAUCUUCACCCGCCACCGCCAGCGGCUGGGCAAGAGCGCCUUCCUGCAGCUCCAGAAGGCGCCCGACGCCCAGGCUCAGUCCGAGGAUGGACGCCUCGCCCUGGAGGAGCGGCUCGCCCAGCUGGAGGCCGAGGAAGAGGCCGGCAGCCCUCGGGCCCGCCCGGAUCAUAACAAGCAGGUGACCUUCUCCCCGGAGAUCAUCAAAGGGGGCGGGCUGGACGAGAACCUGGGCGACUACAACCGGGCAGUGGCCAAGCUGAACACGGCUCUCAGCUCGCUGCAGCUGGACAUGCAGCGCCUGAGUGAGCAGCAGCAGCGCCUCCUGGUGGAGAAGAAGGCGCCGAGUGCGCAAGCCUGGGUGAUCCCGGCCCCACGGACCGGCCGCGAGGGGGCUCCCCCCCGCUCUUCGCUGGAGCUCUCCUCCCCGUCGCCCUCACCCUCCCCUUCCCGCAAGUCUCGCUCGCCCCAGCCCACGCCCAAGAAGACUCCGGCCCCCGCCCCUCCCAAGAGCCCCAAGCACGCCCGGCCGGUCGAGCUCAAGCUGCCCACCCUCACGCGGGUCCUCACGCCCCCCAACAAUGUGGACACCCUCCCGCACCUCCGCAAGUUCUCCCCCAGCCAGGUGCCUAUGCAGACCCGCUCCUCCCUCCACUUCGCCGAGGACGAGGCGCUGCCUGUGCCGGAGGCGGAGACCUUGAGCCACCUGCGGCCCGUGGCUUCGGUGCCUCCCCAAGGGGGCAACGGCCGCAUGUCGGGCGACGGCACCAGCGACGUCUCCUCGCCCAGCGACCGGCGCAGCAGCCUGAUCGAAAUCCCCCUGUCCAGCUUGAAGGGGGAUGACGACGAGGAGAUGGACGGCGACGACUCACUGGAAGAAUCCAUUGCCGAGACGUUGGACUCUGAGCCCCGUUCUGGUCUGGGCUUCUUUUUCAAGGAUGAGGAGAAGGCCGAGGAAGAGAUGGCGCAGAAGCGUGCCAGCCUCCUGGAGAGGCAGCAGCGGCGCAGCGAGGAGGCCCGGCGCAGGAAACAGUGGCAAGAGGCGGAGAAGGAGCAGAAGAAAGAGGACACCAGGCUGGAGGAGGAAGUGGGGACGCGGCGUGGCGACUUCACCCGCCUGGAGUACCAGCGGCGUCAUCAGCUCAAGCUGAUGGAAGACCUGGACAAGGUGCUGCGGCAGAAGCCCACCACGGUGCGCGCCCUGAAGAAGGGCCGGCCCAAGUCGGUCUUCUGCGAUGACUCCGCCCUUGCACGCAGCCCAGUGAAGGGGCUCCUUGGCUCCAAACUCAGCAAGGUGUACUCUCAGUCCACUCUCUCACUUUCGACGGUGGCCAAUGAUCCUGGCAACUCGCUCUCCUUCAAGAGAUCUUCUCGAGCUGCAUCUCCUUCUGGGCUAAUGUCUCCCAGCCGGUUGCUGCCAAACCAGAGCCGGGAGCGUGACUGGGAGAACGCGUCCACUGCCUCGUCGCCUGCUUCCAUUCCGGAAUACACUGGGCCCAAGUUGUACAAGGAACCCAGUGCCAAGUCCAAUAAGUACAUUAUCCACAAUGCACUGUCUCACUGCUGUCUCGCUGGCAAAGUCAAUGAGCCCCAGAAAAACCGUAUCCUGGAGGAAAUUGAGAAGAGUAAAGCCAAUCACUUCCUCAUUCUGUUCCGCGAUUCAAGUUGCCAGUUCCGGGCGCUCUACACUUUGUCAGGGGAGACCGAUGAACUAACGCGCUUGGCGGGUUAUGGGCCCCGCACCAUCACCUUGGCCAUGAUCGAAGGCAUCUACAAGUACAGCUCUGACCGCAAGCGCUUCACUCAGAUCCCCAGCAAGACCAUGUCGAUGAGUGUGGAUGCCUUCACCAUCCAAGGCCACCUCUGGCAGACCAAGAAGCCAGGCACCCCCAAGAAGCCAGGCACCCCGAAAUAGCUGGGACUGGCAAAGCUCCACGUCUACUCUCUCCUUUCUGCCGGGACUUUGAGCUGCUGUUAGGUUGCCAGCCCAACUUGGAUCCGUGGGACCGGGCACACGGCCUUCCAUGAUGGGUGGCUUGAGUAGACAGGGCU